AAAAACAUAAUGCGCCACGUGGGUGCGGAUCUCCUGUGGUAGCCACGCGUCGGCCUUUAGCGUGCUCCUCUCCUGUGAACAUUCACAUCGGACGGCUCUCCUGCGUCCUCCAAACUACCGUACGUGUCAGUAAUGCAUGCAUGACCAUCGCCCCAUGAAGGUAUACUUUUUUAAUUAAUAUGUAUACAUUGUCAUGGACGACCUCUUGGUUCGAUCUUGAUUUCCUCUCUCGUUCCACGACGAAAAGAAGGAAGAGAAAGCGACACAGCGGCCGCCAUGGCAAAGAAGAAGAAGCAGCAGCCCAACGACGGGGUGGCGUUGGCGUCUGGCAACGCUGCGGCGGAGGCGACGGACGAAGGCGGAGGAGAAAACGAGGAGAAGAACGAAGGCGGAGACGGUGGAAAACCGGAGAAGAACGACGGAGGAAGUAUUACCGUCGUCUUGAAGGUCGAUAUGCAUUGCGAGGGAUGCUCGAACAAGGUCAUCAAAUCCGUCCGAGGCGUACAAGGGGUGGAGGCCGUCAUGGCGGACGCCGGGAUUGGGAAGCUAACGGUGGUGGGGAAGCUGGAUCCAUGGAAGCUUCGAGAUCAUGUGGAGGCGAAGAGUCACAAGAAGGUUGACCUCAUCUCACCGACCAACUUCCCCAAGAACGCCGACAAAGCCAGAAAACCCUCCGCCGCCAAGCAAACCGACGAGAAGAAGCACCAGGAAAAACUGGUGGUGACGACGGCGACGCUUAAAAUUCGAUUGCACUGCGAAGGAUGCAUCCGUCGAAUCCGCAAGACCAUCCUCAAGAUCAAAGGUGUCGAGAGCGUCGUCUUCGACACGCAGACGGAUCAGGUGAUUGUGAAGGGGACGAUGGACGCGAAGGCUCUGCCGGAGAAGCUGAAGACGAAGAUGAAGCGGGACGUCGUGGUGGUGCAGCCUAAGAAGGAGGGCGGCGGAGGCGAUAAGAAGGAGAAAGGUGGAGCCGGCGAGGAGGAGGAGAAGGAGGAGAAGAAGAAGAAGGAGAAGGAAGGCGGCGAGGGGGAGAAGAAGAACAAGAAGAAGAAGGAAAACGGCGAAGGGGAGAAGAAGAAUAAGGACGGCGGCGAGGAGAAAAAGAAAGGCGGCAAGGGAGGAGGCGGCGGUGGAGGGGAGAAGAAGGAGGAGGAGACUGUGAAGGCAGCGACGGUGGGGGCGGCGCCGGCGGGACACGCGAUGGAGUACUACGGAGAGUAUGGUUACCGCUUGGAGAUGGUUCACGCCCCGCAGUUGUUCAGCGACGAGAAUCCCAACUCGUGCUCCGUUAUGUGAACCCAACCGGAAUAAGACGGUGCAAAUAACAUAGUGCUUGCGUUUCGAUGCGUAGGAGACGUUACGAUACAACAACAUACCGUCACGGACGAUAUAUGGUGUUUUUGUCGGUCAAGAGUCGUUGGUGAGUGGUGACCGAUAUAGGGUACGUUAAG